AUUCGCGUCUGUUCGUCAAAUCUUGAGUGGACUGUAGGAUUUGCGUGCAAAAAUCGCGAUUUGUGUUGAUAUUAUCGCUGUAACCAGCGUUAUACCUGUUAAAUAGUGAUACAAGCGAAGAGGAACUCGUGGAGAUGAAGCUCACAGACAUUGUAAUGCGGAGUUUUCGGGUGGCGAAAGUGUUCAAAGACCAAAACUCCGAUCGCAUAAAUAGCGUUGAUUUUUCAUCGAACGGUGAUACGUUAGUUUCCAGUAGUGACGACGACUCUAUCGUUAUAUAUGACUGCCAGGAGGGAAAACCUAAAAGAACUUUAUUCAGUAAAAAAUAUGGAGUAGAUCUGAUCCGAUAUACACAUGCAGCAAACACAGUAGUUUAUAGUUCUAAUAAAAUAGAUGAUACCAUUCGAUAUCUCUCACUACAUGAUAACAAGUACAUCAGAUAUUUUCAUGGACACACAAAAAAAGUUGUUAGUUUAAGCAUGUCACCUGUCGAUGAUACAUUCCUAUCAGGUUCAUUAGAUAAAACAAUAAGAUACUGGGAUCUUAGAUCACCCAAUUGUCAGGGUGUAAUGCAUUUACAAGGUAGACCAGUGGCUUCAUUUGAUCCAGAAGGACUUAUAUUUGCAGCCGGUAUCAACUCAGAAAUGAUCAAGCUCUAUGAUCUGAGGUCAUUUGAUAAGGGACCAUUCACAACAUUCAGGUUACAACCUGACAGAGACUGUGACUGGACAGGUUUAAAGUUCAGUGCUGACGGUAAAAUGAUACUGAUAUCAACAAAUGGUGCUGUUAUAAGGUUGAUAGAUGCUUUUACUGGAACACCACAACAAACAUUUAUGGGUCAUACGAAUACCAAAGGUUUGGUAUUAGAAGCAUCAUUCAGUCCUGAUUCACAGUUUGUUUUAGCAGGUUCCCAGGACAGUAAGGUGCAUGUAUGGAAUGCGGAGAAUGGUAGUAAAACGUCUGUAUUGGAAUCUAAACAUGGUGGUCCAGUACAGUGUGUACAGUUCAAUCCCAAGUACAUGAUGCUAGCUACAACAUCCAAUGACAUGGAAUUCUGGCUUCCAACUAUUGAAGAGUGAACUGGUUCAGCAAGCUGUUUGUUUUGUGUGACUUCCAUUAUGUUGUUGUGUUACAUUGUAAUCCAGACAUCCAGAUAGACCCAAGAAGACAUGCAUGUCAUAAGGUUGGAUUUAUCCAGCUCCUGUUUCCAUGGUUACUGCAUUCGAUCUGGACUCAGAUAACUCAUUUCAAAGUGUUACAUUAUACCAGUUCUUGCCAUUGUUUCUAUUAAAACAAUAUCAACUCUGUCUCUGAGAAACAUACAACUCGUAUAUGAACUCGGCCAUUUGUGAUUGAGAUGCAUCUGAAUAAAAAGUGAAGGUUAUAACAAGUCAAUGUAAAUUUCCCAUUAUACAAAUAUAUAUCGA